AUGCGGUACUCUAUCCAGUCCGGCCUUUUGCUGGCCGCAUCUUUGUCCCCUAUUGUUGAUGCUGAGCGUGUGCUCGGUGCGUAUAUCUUCGCCCGUCAUGGAGAUCGUACACCAAAGGUCUUUGGUAACACUCAACUGACCGACCUGGGCUACCGGGAGGUAUUUGAUUCGGGAUCUUUUUACAACGACCGAUACAUCUCGUCGAGCUCUUCUAAGCAGAUCGAGGGCAUAAGUGCCGAUGUGGUCAGGCCCAAGCAGAUCAGUGCCUCUUCUCCCUCGGAUACCGUACUGCAAAACUCGGCCACUGGCUUCCUGCAGGGCGUAUAUCCCCCCGUGGGAAAAGUGGCUUCCCAGACCCUGGGCAAUGGAACCUCGGUCGAGGCACCAUUGAACGGCUAUCAGCUCAUUCAGCUGAUACCUGCCACUACAAGCAAGAACGCCGAGGAUUCCACUUGGUUGCAGGGCUCCAGUGGAUGUCAGAAAGCCACCGUGAGCAGCAACAAUUACUUUUCCUCCGAAAUGUACACCUCGCUGCUAUCCUCAACCAAAGAGUUCUACCAAUCGCUUUCGCCCAUGCUAGACGGUGCAUUUGCCCCGUCCGAUAUGACUUUCAAAAACGCCUAUACUAUCUUCGAUUACUUGAACGUCGGCAAAAUCCAUAACUCUACCAGUCAAUUCUCUCACAGGUCAGAUCUGACCGAUGAGGUUUACCACCAGCUGAUUGCUCUAGCUGGAAGCCAUGAAUUUAACCUGGCUUACAACUCCUCCGAUAAAGUGCGCGCUAUUGACGGUGCCGUUCUGGCAGGCGAAAUCCUAGCCGGGCUCAAUGAAACCAUCACCACCAAGGGCAAUACCAAGCUGAACGUCGGAUUCGGCUCCUAUGGCACCAUUUUUUCUCUCUUCGGUCUUUUGAAGAUGCCUGCUGCGUCCGUGGACUUCACCGGAAUUCCCGACUACGCCUCGUCAAUGGUCUUCGAAUUGGUGACGAACGCCAGUGGCACCGAGUUCCCAACUGACAAGUCCGACCUCAGCGUGCGCUUCAUGUUCCACAACGGUACCAUUACGGGCUCAUCUGAGCCGACUGUAUACCCACUGUACGGCCAGUCGAGCGACCUUCUCCCCUGGGACGACUUUGCCUCAAAGACCAAAGAUAUCGCCGUUACUUCCAAUGACGAGUGGUGCACCAUGUGCGGCAACACGGACGGCAAGUGCGCCAGUUCGGCCAGCACCAGCAGCGACUCCGGGUCUGCUCGCACUUCUAGCACUAGUGGCUCGGGAAUGUCACUCGCUGUGGCAGGUGUUGUUGGUGCUAUGGUUACCCUCGCAGUGAUUCUUGGUCUACAGACAAUUUUCUUCCUACUUGGUGGAUUCCGCAUUGCGAAGCGGAGCAAGGCUAGCCCUGGAAUAAUGAGCUCGGCUGCUGCUGUGGAGGCGGAGAAAAAGGUUUAA